GGAGUCGAAGGGUUGACGCUCGAAACAGUUGUUUGUGUAAUAGUUAACUGUGAGGGCUCUGUCCCGGAGACCACUUGGCAGAAGAUAGUGAUGGUCACAGCGCUGAUGAUAAUAGAAUGAGUAGAGCAGGCUCGGCUUUACACAGGGUCCUGGCAAGUUUGCAUCAUGCUGCGGGAGCAGCUCGGUGGAGGAGCAGCUGUCGCCCGUCUCCUCUGCUGACAGCUGCUCCCUCUCGCGCCCUCAUAGAUGAACAGAUCAGCAUUACAGGUCAUUUCCUGCCACCACACUGUCCAGUUACCGUGUGUUCGAAAAUGCACUGUGAUGAUGGGGACCAGUGGGAGGCCUACGCCCAUUAUACUACAGACGCAGAUGGCACUGUCAGCUUGAGCCGGGAUCAUUCAGUCGGUGGCAUGUAUGUGGGUUGUGAACCCAUGGGACUCUUCUGGGGACUGAAGCCUGCUCCUGGGGCCAGAGAGGGUUUGAGACUACGGAAGAAAAACGUAGAGACUCCCUACCUAGUACACAUAUCCUUGUUGGAGGGCCACGUUUGCCCCAGUGAGGGGCCGAGCACUGAGCUGGCAGCUGUGAUGGCAGAGCGCUGGUACAUGGCACCGGGUGUAAGGAGAACAGAAAUCCGCCAGAAUGGACUCGUGGGCACAUUAUUCUUACCCCCAGGCCCGGGCCCGUUUCCAGCCAUGUUGGACCUGUGGGGAAUGGGUGGCGGGUUGGUAGAGUACCGCUCUGCCCUGUUGGCAUCCAGAGGCUAUGCAAGCUUCACCAUUGCCUAUAUAGGACACAAAGAUCUACCUGGUCCAAAGAACUGCAUCAGUGUUGGUGAUCCAUACUUUAAGUCAGCGUUCCACUUCCUACAAGAUCAUCAUCAGGUGUGUGGAGACAGAGUUGGGCUCUUCGGCCUGUCGUUCGGAACCUACCUGUGUUUACGGCUUGCCACGCAGCCUGAUGUCAAUCCAUCUUGUUUAAUUUGUGUCAAUGGCCCAGUGGGAAGUCUCAGCAAGCUCUCAGAUCCAGAUGGCAGGACUGAAGACUUUGAAAGGGACCAGACGUAUUGGCUGUAUGAUGAUCAGGAACGUGUCAGUUUUAAAAAUGUUUCUUUGCCUGCUAACAUUAACCCUGACAACAUAGUGAAGAUAGAGAAUCUCAAAUGCCCAUUAGCAUACAUUGUGGGUGAAGAUGACGUCAGCUGUGCGAGCAUAGACAAUGCAAACCUGAUCGAGGAGACUCUGCGGGCUGCAGGUAAACCCGAGCUGUUCACUCGCCUGUCGUACCCUGGUGCAGGUCACCUGAUUGAACCACCAUACGCCCCAAAUUCAAGAAUGUCCAUGUGGAGGAUCAAACCACAAAAAUUAAUGACUGUCUGGGGAGGUCACCCUGCUCCUCACGCUGCCGCUCAGGAAGACGCCUGGAGGAAGGUGCUGGAUUUUAUGGCCAGGCAUCUGAGACGUUGAUUCUGAUUCACUGUCUUUGACUUUCUGUUUAAUAAAAAAAUAUGAAU